AUGAGCUUGAGGUAUGAUUGGUCAUUCUGUACAAAAAUAAGAAUUGCAGGUUAGAAUUUUGUUUGAAAAUGUACUUUCAGAAACAGUUCAGAUCCUUGCAAAAUGUAUGCAAGAAAUAAAAGAAAUAUGAUGUUUGAAAAUGGAAUAACUGAUACUGAAGAAAAUGAAAAUAAUUUUAACUUGCUUAAAAGACGGCGAAGGAACAUAUGCAGCACGUCAGAUUCGGAAUCCGACUCAGUCGAAAAUGAUGCCGAGAAUACAAAGUGCAAUAUAACAUGGACCUCUAAAAAUUUCAUGCCACAAAUACAUACAUUUUCCACGAGGAAUUCAGGAAUAAAGAAGAAAUUACCCAGAUUGGCAUCUAUUUUAGACUAUUUUGAACUAUUUAUUUCUGAAGAGCUCGUACAAUAUAUUGCAGAUGAAACUAACGACUAUCAUAACGGGCUCAGAAGGACUUACAGGUGGCGUUUCUGGAUCGAAGGUAAUGGCGACGAGUUUCCACUCGGAGCAGGUAGUCGACCCGACUCGGAGACUAUGACGCUCGACGGGAGGGAGAAGUCUUCCGUUGCUAUCUCCCUUGCCGUGAAGAUCGCGCACUAG